AUGUUCAAGUUUCGCCCUGAAGUGACAGAAGAACAAAAGAAAGCCAUAAUUCAGGAGCUGAAAACGCUCAAGACAUUGGAUUGCGUCAAAGGACACCGGCUUGUGGUUGGGGGCCCUUCCAUCAACACCCCAGUCGAAAAGACCAAGGGAUUCGAGAUUACACUCCUCAGCUUCCAUGAAAACCUGAAAAAACUGGAAGAGUACAGAGACAGCGAGGAACACCAAAGGGUCACUAAAAUGUAUGUCUUCCCCUAUACGGAAGAUCUCCUUCGGUUUGACUUUGAAGUCUCUUCCAAUGAUGAAUAUAUGUGGGAAGCUUUCCAUCAGUCGGAGCUGGAGUGA